CGUAACAAGCAGAGAGGAGGCGUGAACAUUCUUUAACAUGUUUCUUAAUAUCGGAUGGAACUUCAUAAGGUCUUAAGAACAAUCGCAGUGCCAAUCCCGACUUUGUUGACGACUUUAGCAGCUAGUUUCCCAUUCUUGAUGAGUACAAAAACAGUCCUCUUAGGGUAGAAUCUGUUUUUUCAUGCUUGAAAGAGUUUCCUGAAAACCAAAAUCUUGAACACCUUACUGCUUUUCAACGGAUCCUUUUAAGCCUCUCACCAGCCAUUGGAAUAUUUAUUCUCCAUGAGCUAAAAAAAGAAAACGUGCCAGCAACCAGCCACUAUAUGUGCAACGAUAUUUUUUGGGCUUUUGGGAUGGACAAGCCAUGAAACGAAUGAUGAGAAUUAUGCAUUUGUUCAUUUCAACUUCUUUCUUUCUUUUUACUGCUGCAACCUACAAUAACGACAAACAACAGAUACAAUUGCAAUGCUGAAGAAUUCUACUUGGAAAAUCGAGGAGACCAAUUUGGCUGAGUUCGGCAGCAAGCUCGAGAAGGAGCACCGGAAGGAAGAAGGCUCGCUUGAGAAGGCCUGGGGAAAGGAUACAGGCGUCGGAUCCGAGACAGGUCUCUGGAUUUGGCGCAUUGAGCAGUUCCAGGUUGUCCCUGUCCCCAAGGAUCAGUAUGGCAAGUUUUACGAUGGAGACAGCUAUAUCAUCCUUAAAUCAUACACAAAGAAAGAUUCGGACGUACUCCUCCAUGAUAUCCACUUCUGGCUUGGAGAUGAAACUAGCCAGGAUGAGGCUGGAACAGCUGCCUACAAGACUGUUGAGCUUGACGAUUACCUUGAUGGUAAGCCUGUCCAGCACCGUGAGAUUCAGGGCAAUGAGUCGCGGGAGCUGCUUUCAUACUUCAAGACAUUCUCUGUCUUACAUGGAGGCGUCAAGACUGGAUUCAAUCACUGGACUGAGCCUGAAUUCAAGCCUCGUCUAUUGAUUGUCAAGUCUGCACCCGUGAGUGGAGGUCACAAAUCGUCUGUUGUAGUCAGAGAGGUGUCCAAAGACGCAAUCAACUCGGGCGAUGUCUUCAUCCUGGAUACUGGUAAAGCCUUGUACCAGUGGAAUGGCAGGGAGUCCUCCGGCUUUGAGAAAGUCAAAGCUGCGGAAUACGUCCAAGGUAUCGAGGCUGAUCGAGGAGAUGCCAAGACAGAGACAUUUGAUGAGGGUGAUCGUGAUCAGAGGCUAUUCUGGGACGCUCUUGGAGGAGAAGUUGAGGUCAAAGACGCAGAUACUGUUGUUGAAGAACCUACAUAUGUCAAGAAGCUGUAUCGCUUGUCAAAUGCUAACGGCUCCUUCGAGUUCACACUCGAGGCUGAAGGCCCCAAGGUGUCCGGAGAGCUUCUGGAUUCGAAUGAUGUGUUCAUUCUGGAUGUUCAUCAUGAGGUCUUUGUCUGGAUCGGAUCCAAUGCUAACAAGGAGGAGCAUCGUCUCGGACUGCACUAUGCUCAAGAAUACCUCAAGAAGGAGGGUCUCAAUCCCUAUACCCCCAUCGCCAAGAUUCUGGAGGAUGGUGAUCAUACCAUGUUUGACAAUGCCUUGAACCGUUUUUAGCAUUGGUUUAAAGAACAUAAACAAUGAUAAAUAAAGUAUAUGAAAAUAUCAAC